GGAGAGAAGGGUUUGCGAAUCCGCCGUCCAGGACGUCCCAUCACCCAUCGGAAACAGCUCUCUCUAUCCCCGAGUCUGUUUGAAUAUGUCAGACACAGAGGAUGUGGAAUAUGAGGAACCAGAAGGCACUGAAGAGGAACGUGAAGGUGAAGAAGAAGCUAAGCCCAAGACAAAGCCUACGAUCUUCGUGCCCGGCCUUGCAGCCCCAAAGAUCCCAGAAGGAGAGAAAGUUGACUUUGACGACAUCCAUCGCAAGCGCAUGGAGAAGGACCUGAACGAGCUGAAGACGCUGAUCGACGCCCACUUCGAGGGCCGCCAGAAGGAGGAAGAGGAGCUGGUGAACCUCAAGGACAGGAUCGAGCAGCGACGAUCUGAACGCGCGGAGCAGCUUCGCAUCCGGGCCGAGAGAGAGAAGGAGCGCCAGCAAAAGUUGGCGGAGGAGAGGGCUCGGAAAGAGGAAGAGGAGGCAAAAAAGAGGGCUGAAGAUGACGCGAAGAAGAAGAAGGCUCUCACCAACUUGAGCGGCUACGCGCAGCUGGCAGACAAGCGCGGCGGAAAGAAGCUGACGGAGAGAGAGAAGAAGAGGAAGAUCCUGAGCGAGAGGCGUAAAGAGCUGAACAUCACCCACCUGAGCGAUGACAAGCUCAAGGAGAAGGCCAACGAGCUCUGGCAGCGGAUGUACCAGCUGGAGGCCGAGAAGUUUGACCUGCAGCGGCAGGUCGCGCUGCAGAAGUAUGAGGUCGUCGUCCUGAGAAACCGGGUCAGUGAUCAUCAGAAGAUCACAAAGGGAAUCAGAAGCAAGCGAGGCCUGCGGCAAUAGUCAGAUCGGCUACACCGGCAUUAAAAAAACCGGCGGAGAAGACGCCUCGACCAGCCGUACCCUGCUCUCCCUGCCAGACCGCCGGGGCAGAACCCUGGGAAAAUGCGCUGAAAUCGUCCGCGCGCCAAACGCAGCAUGUUUCAUAACGUCGCACUCGCAUCACCACGUUCUGAAGUUUCCUUGUUACCUACGAUUGAAAUUAGGCAGGAAAUACGCACCGAACACCACGAUGUAACUACAUCUUUUAUUUAUUGCUGUUGUUUUAAUUUUAUGUUAUAAUGGUUGAAACAAAAAAAAUGUGUAAAAAGAAUGCUACGUUACAUCAUGCUUUUGUGCUUCAAUUAAACGCUGUUCCUCUCAAGCGUG